AGCAUUAACUACGUGACACCGUUACCAUGGAGACGCAACUGCUACGUCCGGACGCUCGGUGAAAAGGGUUUGUUUUGGAUAAAAAAAAAAAAAACAUGGACUCUGAGUAUGUGAAAAGACAUCUGGGAAAAUGUCUGGCCGACGGACUGGCUGAAGUGGCCGAGCAGAGGCCGGUGGACCCCAUCCUCUAUCUCGCCCACUGGCUGCACAAGUACAACGAAAACGUUCAAUAUGAGGCAGAGAAAAAGGCCCAUUUGGCUAUCCUGGAGCAGGAGCGGGCGAAAGCCAGAGAGGAGGCGUUGUACCAGGAGAAGCUGAAGGAGGAGGAGCGAAAGAUCACCGAGGCCCUGGAAGACUCUAAAAAAAUCUCUGAGAAGGAGCUUACGGGGUCAGAUGCACCCACGCCAGCCACAACAGGAUCUGCUGAGGACAACAAACCUGUGACAGUAGAGAAACCAAACACCCCUGAUCCAGAAGACCUGCAGGGCCCAGACGAACGCCAAACUGAAGCUCUGAAAAAUGACACUGAACCGGAGGGGACAGGUACAGAUAAUGUAACCAGUCCAGAGCCACCUGAGAGAAGACCAGUGGAGGCCAGUAGCUCUUCCCUCUCUGAGGCCCUCAGCACUGAGGUCAAAGAGGAGUCUGCAGAAAUGCCUGUUGAAAAAACCGAAGUGGAGCCGAGGAGCGAUGAAGCAGAAGAGAAAACAGAGGUGGAGCCAAGUGACAAUCAUGUAGAGGAGAAAACGGCAAGCACCAAUGAAAUAGAAGUGAAAGAAGUUGACCAAGAGGAAAAGGUGGUUGAUCAAGCUGCCACUGCUGAAUCUGAGCAGACUGAUACACUGCACUCGACUCCCGGCGGAGACGCUGAUGACUUAAAAACAGACAAAACAGAAGAGCUUCAUGACAAACCGAGCCCUCGUUCCCCAGACCAGCAAGACACAGAGAAGCAGGUUGAUGAAAAUGAAACUGGUCAUUUGGAGUCAGACCCACAGAGUGAAGGUCUCAAACCAGAGGAGACGUUUUCUACCGAAGAACAGACGACAGAAACUGAACAGGAGACACAGAAAUCAGGUUCUCUGCCUCUGCAGGACCAGGAAAAGGAGGCAGACGGGCAACGCACAAGCGAGACCGCUGAUAGCUCGGCUCCAGCUGACAGAGACGCAACAGUGGAGGAGACAGCGUCCAGCGAGAGACCCGUGACUUCACCCGGGGGAACCGAAAACCCUCCUCCUGACAUGGAACAUGUCCAGGAGAAGGUAGACCCCGUAGGCCAGCUGGCAACGAGAGAAAGAGAGAGAAAAUUAAUAAAAUAGUUUAUUUCAAAUGUGAAAAUAAUCCCACAAACAGGGCCUGGACUAAACUGAUCUUAGUUUAUACAGUUACACUCAAGAUAGUUGGCAUUUUUAUAGUGUCACUGGUGAAUAAGUUGUAACUAAGCUUUAUGUUGCU